ACAACGGAGUCCAGUGGCCAUUCUUUGACCGGGCCCUCUCCCGCAGGCGCAGGCAUCUCCCAAGCGCAGCCAGGGAGGAAAAUACGCGCUCCUACCUAGCAAGAACAGCGACGGGAGGGCAGCCUCUUUCCGAUCUAGCACUGUAUUCCAUUCCAGUAGGCAGUAGGCAUCUCCAUCAACGACGCUCCUCGGCGCUCCACGCACGGUGCGUGUGCGUGCGUGUGUUGCUGCGCGCAAUGGCAAUGUUGCCCCGGUGCGGGCUGUUGGACUGCCUCCGCGGCGGCGAGCGCGAGACCCCUGCGCAUGACCCCCGCGUCUCGGCCGAGCCGAGCGGCAAGAGCGGGCGGGCGAGGCGGCUCGAUUGGGCCGAGGUGGAGUCGGUCACCGGCGGCUUCUCCUCCCGCGUGAUCGGCCAGGGCGGCUUCAGCACCGUCUACCUGGCCUCGCUCACCUCCUCCCGCCUCGGCGCCGUCAAGGUGCAGCGCAGCAGCGAGCGCCUCCACCGCCUCUUCCGCCACGAGCUCGACGUGCUCUUGUCCCUGCGCCAUCCCCACGUCGUCCGCCUCCUCGCCUACUGUGACGAACGAGAGGAAGGCGUGUUGGUGUUCGAGUACGCCCCCAACGGCGACCUUCACGAGAGGCUCCACCGGAGCGGGCAGAAGCGGGCGGCGCUGCCGUGGGCGCGGCGGAUGGCCGUCGCGUUCCAGGUGGCGAUGGCGCUGGAGUACCUCCACGAGAGCCAGGACCCCGCGGUCAUCCACGGCGACGUCAAGGCGUCCAACGUCCUGCUCGACGCCAACAUGGACGUCAAGCUCUGCGACUUCGGCUUCGCACACGCCGGCUUCUCCGCCGCGGUCCUCCCCGCCGCCGCCGCCAGGGCGUCGGCGCGCCACGUCAUGGGCUCCCCGGGGUACGUCGACCCGCUCUUCCUCCGCUCCGGCGUGGCCACCAAGAAGAGCGACGUCUACAGCUUCGGGGUGCUGCUGCUGGAGCUCGUCACCGGCCGGGAGGCCAUCUGCGCGGACACGGGCUGCCGGCUCGCCGUCACCGUGGCGCCCGUGGUCAGCGAGGGCAGAGUGGCCGACGUGGUGGACCGGAGGCUGGGAGACGCGUACGAUCGCGAGGAGGCCGUCACCGUGGCGGCGCUUGCGUUGCAGUGCAUCAACGCCAGCUCCGGGCUCCGGCCCUCCAUGACGGACGUGGUGCGCGUCCUCCAGGAGAAGACGUCGGCGUUGAUCUCCGCCGUUGGGCCUAAGCCGGCCAGCAAGACGGUCGUUUCGUAAAGGUGUACCAUACGUACGUACUACUGUCGUAGGGGUGUAAAUGCUUAGGUAGGGCAGCAAACUUUUUCUCACUUAAGUGGAUCAGUUAGCGGUUGAA